AAAGUUAAUCUAUUUCCCAACGCUGCAUGCCAGAAUCCUCUCUGGUGCAUCCAUGUCUACUCCGUUCAAGCGCCGCCAGUACUCGGAGCUCCAAGACCUGAUGCUGCUGAGGCAAAUCAGCGACGACAAGCCAUUCCUCGCCCGCCACGGCAGGAUUAUGGAGGCGUGGGAAUCUGUUGCGCGCGCUCUAGCGGCCCAAGUCGACUUCGACCGACCUCAUUUCGACGGCAAGAAGGCCCAAUCCCGAUUUGCCAUCCUUUUGCGUGACCAUCGCGACAACAACAAUGCGCCCAUGCGUGCCGUGUCUGCUUGUACGGGGGAAGACUCAGCGGAGAAGAUGGAUCUGUUGGAGGACAUUUCCAGGCUGGAAAGGUCAUCCACCCUCGCCGCCUCGGGCAAUCAAGUCGACGAAGCCAAGGAGGCCAACGACGUGCCGCGAUCUACCACUGACGACCGCGACGAUGCAGUAGCAACAGCAGCAGCACACGUGAACGAAGAAGCCCAGGCGUCCGUCCAGGACGUACCGCGCAAGCGAAAGUUGGACGACGACGACGACGACGACGGGGACUCGAGUGCGUCGGGUAAACUGCUCAAACUCGUGGGUCUCAUGAACGAAGCCAGCAAGCACGAGCGAGACCUGCGCAGGUUUAUGUUUGAACGGGAAGUGGAAGAGCGAAAAAGGGAUCGCGAUGCCCAAACCCAGCAAAUCCAAAUGCUCCAGCACUCGCUGACGGCGGUGCUUGACGCCCUGAUCAAAAAGUUGUAAAAACGUCGAUUUGAUAGUACAAAUUUGGGUGCAAUCGAAUUUCGCGCCGACGAAACCAAUUCACAAUCCAUCUGAUUGGUUGAAUUUCAUUGA